AUGAAGGUACAUUCGAGAUCAUCGCCAGAGCCACAACAUCAAAAGAGGCAUGGGACUUACUACAAAAGGCACAUAAAGGAGCAAAAAAGAAUGAUAUUUAUAGUCAAUCAAUUGAAAAGAAAUGGUGAAAAAAUUACUGAUGUUCGAGUCAUGGAGAAAAUUUUGCGCUCUUUAGAUGCAAAAUUUGACUUCAUUGUUGUAGCCAUUGAAGAAUCAAAGGAACCAGAGGAGAUGACUACAGAGCAACUCGUGGGCUCUUUACAAGCACAUGAACAAAAGCUUUCUAAGAAGAUGGAAGAAAAGCCCAUUGAGCAAAUAAAACAAGUUUCUGCGGUCGAGGUCGUGGAAGAAGAGGAAAAGGUAGAAGAUUCCAUCAAGAUCAACCACAAAGAAGUCAAGGAGACACAAGAGACUUCUAUGCCCGAGGUCGUGGUAGAAGAAGAUUUUCUAAUCCUAGAGGAAGAGGAAGGUGCUAGCAAUCAUAUGUAUGGCAUGAAAGAGAUGCUUUUUGAGAUGGAUGAAAGCUUCAAAGGCUCAGUGACUUUUGGUGACUUCUCUAUAAGGCCAGUUCAAGGAAAAGGUAAAAUCCUCAUCAAGCUCAAAGAUGGUACACAAAAUUUUAUUUCGGAUGUCUAUUAUGUUCCAGAUAUGAAAAGCAACAUUCUUAGUUUAGGUCAAUUGCUUAAAAAGGGCUAUGACAUUCACGUGAAAGAAUUGUGCCUUUCUAUUAGAGAGAACAAUAACACUCUUAUUGCACAUAUUUCUAUGUCAAAAAAUAGAAUGUUUGAGUUGAGUUUGCAUGUUGAUGAUUCUACCUGUUGUGAUCCAAUUGAGUUUCAUGAUGCAAAUAAAGAAGAAAAAUGGACAAAAGCCAUGCAUGAAGAAAUUUUAUCAAUCGAGAAGAAUGACAUCUGA